CUCACAGUGAUCAUCGUUCGUGCCCGCUGAUGUUACCUGGAUCUCUCCAGGGGAUCAUUUUCUACGUCAAGCCAGACUUCAGUCGACUUGCUGAUUUCCAGGUAUGGCUGGAGGCAUUGUUGCAAAUCUUCUACUCUCUCGGCAUCACCUGGGGCGGCCUUCACACCAUGUCAAGUUACAACCGAUUCUCAAAUAACUGCUACAGAGAUGCUGUCAUCAUUACAUUCCUGAGUGAAGGAACCAGCUUCUAUGCAGGUUUCGCCAUCUUCUCCGUUCUUGGGUUCAUGGCUGAGAAAAAAGGAAUUCACAUAUCAGAGGUCACCGAAGCAGGUCCUGGUCUUGGUUUUGUGACGUACCCAGAAGCCCUUGCAGAACUUCCGUUUCCACAAGUGUGGUCCGUCAUCUUCUUUGUUAUGCUUGUCACCGUUGGAGCUGAUAGCGAGUUUUGUGCAUUGGAAACGACGGUGACUGCAAUCAUAGACACCUUUCCUAAACGUCUCCAACGUCGACGUAGCUGGGUGACGGCUCUCGUGUGCGGCUUCAGCUUCAUUGUUGGCUUAGUGUUUACAACGCGGGGUGGCAUCUACGUGUACAUGUUGAUCGACUGGUAUGUGGCAAGCUUCAGCACUAUGCUCAUAGGCAUCAUGGAGUGCCUCAUCAUUGGAUGGAUAUACGGUGCCGACUUGUUUAGUAGUGACAUCGCCAUGAUGCUAGGACGGAAACCGCCAAUCUAUAUGAAGACUCUUUGGUGCUUUCUGACACCUGCUCUUCUGAUAAUGUGCUUCGUCCUCACAGUAGUCCAGUACGAUGUUCCGACCUACAAUGACUAUGUAUACCCAACAUAUGGAGUUGCCAUAGGAUUAUUCAUUGGUCUGGUGGCUAUAGUACCAGUGCCGAUCUGUAUGAUGAACGAGAUAGCCAAGGCAAAGGGGACUUUUCUUGACCGUGUGCGCACUUGCUUAAAGCCAGACUCUACUUGGGGACCAAGCUCCAUUAGCCACCGUUCUGAGUAUUCCAGACACAGGAAGUCUCACUGGAGGAACUGUUUCAGGCUACAUAAAUGGUAGACAAUGAAAUACAGGGCGCAUAUAAGCGGGGAAGCCAACUUUAAAGAACUCCUUUUAGAUAAAAAGAAUAAAUUACAAUUCGCUUUC